AUGGAAUAUAAAGGAGUUUUAGAAUUACAAAGAAAACAACAAAAUAUAUUAACUUCUAUGCUUAAAUUAAAUCAAAAUGAUAUAUUAAAUAAUAAUGAAGAAGAAUUAUUUUGGAAAGUUAUUAUUUUUGAUCAAUUUAAUAGUGAUCUUCUUUCAUUACAAUUAAGAGUAGGUGAUGUAAGAAAAUAUGGAGUAACUCUUAUGCUUAAUAUAAAACAACCACGUCAAAUUUUAGAUGAUGUUCCAGCUAUUUAUUUUAUAGAAGCAACAAAAGAAAAUUUAGAUCAGAUUAUUAAUGAUAUGAAAUCACGAAUGUAUUUAAAUUUUACUAUUUGUUUUUCAUCAAAAAUUUCAAGUGAAUUACUUCAAUAUUUUGCAAAUUGUUGUUUAGAAAAUAAAGUAGAAAGAAUGAUAUAUAAAAUAGAAGAUUUAUAUAUUAAUUAUCAUGUAUUAGAAACACAACUUUUUACAUUAUCUAUAUCUAAUUCAUAUCAAAAAUUUAAUGAUCCACAAAUAAAAGAAGAAAAUGCAUUAAAAUUAAUUGACAAUAUAACAAAUUCAUUAAUGAGUAUUUGUAUUACAUUAAAAGAAAUUCCAAUUAUUAGAGCUAGAAAUGGUAGUUUAGAAGAUGUUAUUGCAAAAGAAUUAACACAAAAAUUAAAUUUAUUUAAUAUACAAAAUCCUACAUUCUUUCAAAGAGGAGUAUCAACACGUCCAUUAAUGUUAAUAACUAAUAGAAAUCAUGAUAUUUCAGCAGGAUUAUUACAUGGAUGGAAUUAUCAAGCAUUAAUAAAAGAAGUAAUGGAAUAUAAAAUGAAUAGAGUAAAAAUUAAUGAUCAUUGGGAAGAUAUUGAUAUAACAAGUGAUUUUUGGAAAGAAUGUAAAAAUGGAAUUAUUCCAGAUGUAACAGAUAUUAUUCAAAACAAAACGAAAGAAUUAAUAACAGAAAAAGAAAAAUUUCAAGUAGUAGCAAAUAGUUUUGGUAUUAAUUUUGAUGAAAAUGUAGAAGUAAAUUUAAAUGAAGAAGAAAAAAAAGUACUUCAAAGUGAAGGAAUGAUGAAAUAUGGAGAAAAAAUGACAGAAAUAAGACAAUUAAAAAAAGAUAUUGAUCUUCAUACAAUAAUUGCAAGAGAAAUUAUUGAAAAUAUUAAAAAAAGAGAAAUUGAUUUAUUAUUUUCUUAUGAAGAUAAUGUUAUGUCACAAAUAACAGUUGAUCUAAAUGCAUUAAAUUUAUUUAUUGAAAGAAUUCAAAAUGAAAAUGAUUUAAUUCGUUUAUUCUAUAUUUAUUUAUUAAAUUCAAAUGAAAGUAAUUUAUUACAAAAAGUACUUGAACAAAAAAAUAUUUCAUUAAAAGCAUUAAAUUAUAUGAAAAAAUUAAAACAAACACAAGAAUAUUUAAGAUUAACAAAAGAAAAGAAAAAAGAAAUUGGAUUUGCUGGAAUGAUGAGUGAUAUGUUUGGUAAAGUUGUUGAAAGAUUAUUACCAUCUGAUAAAAAUAUGGCAGUUACUGUAUUAGUAGAUACAAUAACUGAAUGUAAAAAAAGUGAAUUAGAAUCAGAAUAUAAUUAUUAUGAUCCUAAAAUUUCAACUUCUAAUAUUUUAGAUAAUAGAAGAUCAAUUCAAUUUAAAGAUUCUAUUGUUUUUGUUAUUGGUGGUGGUAAUUAUACUGAAUAUUCUAAUAUUCAACAAUACGCUGAUAGAAAUGGUAAAAGAAUUAUUUAUGGUGCUACUGAAUUAAUGAAUGGUGAACAAUUAUUAUCUCAAAUUAAUUCUAUUGUUUAA